AUGGCCGCCAUCGGAGCAGUUGCAACCCUCGCCACCGCCAUUGGCAACGUCGGCACCUUCUUGGGACUCGUCUCAUCUGGCAUCGGCAUCAUGCAGGCGAUUACCCAGAAGCCCAAGGAAGUUGAUUUCUACACCAUUCGCAUGGAGAUCGGAGACAAUCAGGAUGCCAGCGGCAAUCCGCCUUCGAUCAUCCUUUCCGACUUCUCCAACACCCAGAUCUUUGGUGUCUUCGAGGGCAACAGCAAAAAUCCCGAUGACCAGUGUCGUAACAAUGGCGAUAUAGAACUCUUCAGCGGCCUCAAGAAUGCUGAGGCUCCGAUCCAGAGUUUCAAGACCAACAAUGGCUUCAACCUCAAGUCUCUGGAUAUUCAGCCUGGUGGCAAUGGCAUCUGCGUGUCCAAUAUCAUCCUCAAGGGCAGCGAUACCCAGGCCAGACGCGAUGAGGUCUUUAUUCCUAUUGGCGACUUGGGCUUCCAGUGUGGAUACGAGUGGAACUGGGGUGCUAUUCUCGACGGAGUCCGCCAGCGUUGCAUCUGGCUCGACGGUCAGCCUGACGGCACUAACAAGCCCAUCCAGUCUUUGCACCUCGACAUGGAAAACAUUGCCGGUAUCUUCAACAAGGGUCGCAAUGAUACACUCGCAAAGACCACAUUUGAGCAGGCUUGCAAGUUUAUGAGCGACAACGCCGGCCAGAUUGCCAACCGUAACUCCUGCAAGGAGUCCUUUACUAAGCGUUCCAUGUCCAAGAACGAGACCAUCGAAGCCGUCCCAUUGCUUGAUGAGCUCUCUGAUUUCUUCACUGGCAAAGGCAAUAGCCUGGACAAGUACGCUGGCGCCCCCUUCAUCACCUCCGACAACAAGCUCUGGGACUCUGCCAAGAACGGCUUCAGUGACGUUUCUCCUAAGACUGCUCCCAAUAAGCGAUCUCGUCACUUUGCCCGUGUGGAGGAGAAGAGGGCCUGGCCGCGACUCUGA